AGGCACAAAAGAAUACAUUCCAAGUGACUCCAUUGAUAUAGAACAGGAGCAGACAAAAACAAAAACAUAUUUAGGGGAAUACAUAUGAUCUUGAAAAUAUGAAAAAGAAAGUCACUACCAUUAGCUGCCUUCAAGAGCAUAGGAAGGGGUCGUGAUUGGAAAAGAAUAAGCAAGGAGCAGAAAGUGUUGGAAAUCUUUUACUUGAUCUCAGUGAUAGUUUAAUGAGUGGUCACUUCGUAAUAGUUCGUUAGACUGAACAUUAAUGUUUCAUGCAUAUUUUUAUUUUUGUGGGUUUUUUCACAAUACAUAUUUUUACAGAAAGGAAAAGUAGCUCUUCCUUGUUUUGUCUGCUUUUCUUUACUAACUGAACUAGUCAGUCCUAAAGCCAUUAGAUAGGGCAGAGCAAGGUAGGUGUUUGCCCCAAGGGGAAGGGAGCCACGGCUGGCUCCGUGUGGGCAUCAGAGCUGGAACAGGUCAAGGAGGGCAUCUCUGUAGGAGGGCUGCUGGCAUGGUGUGCUGGAGCCAGGGGUAGAUGAGAAUGCCCAGUGAAGAGGCAAGAAGCAGCAUAGCAUGGAGACAAGCCUGCCCAUGUUGAGAAAGGCAUCCCCCUGGGGCUAGAGGGGCAGACUGGCACAGAAUGAGAGCCUGAGUGGGGUGAGCAGAGUGUCCAGGCAGGGGAGCAGAUGAGGGAAGGGCCUUAGAGCUGGAGCAAAGUGAGGAAGCUGUCUCCAUAGGGAAGAGGCCUGAUGUGGACUGUCCGAACUGAAGGAGGGCACCUUCCUCUCCACAGCCCCACCUUCUCCUGGAGGAAUGUAGCUUUCCUUCUGCUUCUCUUCCUUGCUUUGGAGUGGACUUCUGCACUGCUGACCAAGAAGAUCAAACACAAACCAGGGUUAUGUCCCAAAGAGAGGCUCACCUGUACCACUGAACUUCCGGACUCAUGCAACACAGAUUUUGACUGCAAGGAAUACCUCAAGUGCUGCUUUUUUGCCUGCCAGAAGAAGUGCAUGGAUGCCUUUCAAGAACCCUGCAUGCUGCCUGUGAGACAUGGAAACUGUAAUCAUGAUGCACAGCGCUGGUAUUUUGACUUUAAAAAUUACCGCUGCACACCCUUCACAUACAGGGGCUGCGAAGGGAAUGCCAACAACUUCUUAAGUGAGGAUGCCUGCAGGACAGCCUGCAUGUUAAUUGUUAAGGAUGGACAAUGCCCACUCUUCCCUUUCACUGAACGUAAGGAGUGUCCACCUUCAUGUCACAGUGACAUCGAUUGUCCCCAGACAGACAAAUGCUGUGAAUCCAGGUGUGGCUUUGUUUGUGCCAGGGCCUGGACAGUCAAAGAAGGUUUCUGCCCACGCAAGCCCUUGCUAUGUGCCAAGAUUGAUAAACCCAAGUGCCUGCAGGAUGAGGAGUGCCCAUUGGUGGAAAAGUGCUGCUCACGUUGUGGACUGAAAUGUAUGAACCCCAGACAUUGAAUAAUGGAGUUUCGCUCUUGUUGCCCAGGUGCAAUCUCGGCUCACUGCAACCUCUGCUUCCCAGGUUCAAGUGAUUUUCCUGCCUCAGCCUCCCAAGUAGCUGGGAUUACAGGUGCCCACCAUCAUGCCCAGCUAAUUUUUUGUAUUUUUAGUAGAGACGGGGUUUCACCAUAUUGGCCAGGCUGGUGGCAAACUCCUGACCUCAGGUGAUCCACCCACCUCAGCCUCCCAAACUGCUGGGAUCACAGGUGGGAGCCACUGUGCCUGGCCAGUUAUUUCCUUUUUAAGCUUAUUUCCUAUCCAUUUGUAGUUACUACUGAAAAUGACUGCUGAAUUUUAUCAAAUACCUUUUAAGCAUACAGUCACAUAAUGAUUUUUCUCUUCUAAUUUGUUGGCAUAAUAAAUUAAAUUUUCUUGAGCCAUCUUUGCAUUCUUAAUAAACUUAAUUGCAGUGUGUUGUA